AUGGAGGUUGACGGAGUGUUCCUGAGAUAUGCGAGCCCAAACGAACAGCGAACGAUCAGCAGGGAGGACCUUGGGUUCUACCAUGCAGUCAUUAUAAGCGCCAUCUACGAGCGUGGCAACGGGCCUGCUAUCAGGUCAUCCCAAUCGCUAUUCGGGCUCCUGGCACGGUGUAUCGAACAGCAUCCAUUUCUGGGCGUCACUGUGGGAGACAGGCACACCGAUCAAUCCUUUUACCAGCGAGUACACAUGGUCAACUUGAAUGACCACAUUGAAAUCAAAGAACUGCCCGUCUCAACGAAGCUCGAACGGUGGAACGCAAUAGAGGAAUUGCAGCGCUUCAACCUAGACCACGUGUUGGGCCUCCAAGCACAGGCCUCUACUCUAGAUGAAGGCACCUGGACUGGGUCUCCCGCGGCUUUCAACGGCGACAAGUCCAGGACCAAGAUUGCUCUGAGGGUCGUUGACUCCUCUCUGGCGGACAGAGCACUCUGCCAGGCGAAAACACAUGACGCCAAAUUGAUGGGACUACUACACCAGUUCAUUGGCCGAGGGAUGAGCAAAGCUUUCGGCGAAGUCAAUGUCACCAACUUUGUGUCUCAGACGGCCGUCAACAUGCGCAAGUCUGUAGGAGUCCCCAGCGACGAGAUGGGAGAAUUUGUUUCGGCCACAUACUUGGUUCACCCAAAACUGACCUCGGCUGGUCCACUUUCCGAUGCGGAAUGGUUAGCAGCCAGUUCGAGCACCAGGGCUUUCGCCGAGACCGCAGCCACCUUACAAGACCAACCUAUCGGUCUUCUCAGGUAUCUGCCCAGUGUCAGGAAGUGGCUGCUGUCUAAACUCGGCCAGCGCCGCGAUUGCUCCCACGAAGUGAGCAACGUCGGCGCCUUCGAAGGUGCGACUAGCGACGGCGAAAAGAAAGCCACAAUCACGCACGUUGUCUUUUCGCAGCCGGGUCAUGUGUCGAGUGCCCCGAUAUGCUUCAACAUAUCUAGCGUGAAGCAAGGGCCUUUGAUGUACACAGUGACCUGGCCGACUGGUGCAUUGGGUGUUCCCGAGGUCGAAGAGGACGCCGUGGUAAACACGAUCUGCACGUCCAUUCAAGCCGACUUCGAAGCGAUCGGGCACAUGGAGUGCUGA